CAACAGUCAACAUAACCUAAAAACUAUUUUCCUGUCAUAAAAAUUUUAAUCCUUUGCCAAAUGUACACAUAUUUUGCAUUUUCACAGCAAUGUAGAUUAGUAAACAAAAAAAUAACGGGCUGAAAGUUUGUGCAAUUUAAACGCAUUUAUCAGCUGUAAGUAAUUUGCCAUUGUUUUGCUGCCUAAAGACUGAACAAUGUCCUCCUCGAUAAACUCCAGUCAACAGCUCCGUUACAUGGUGCAGUGGUUCAGCGAGUGGAGCGAACUGCAAAGAUCUGAUUUCUUGCCGAUAUUAGCUGAUAAUUACGCCCAUAGGGCCUACGUUAAUGGAAUUGUUAAUAGUAUUAGUAAUAUGGAUUGUAGGGACAAGCCCAUGUCGUUAUUCGAAUGUAGGAUUAAAUUGUUCAAAGAAUGGUUUACUCAAUGGAAUAUCGAAUUGAAAGAAGCAUUUUUGAAGAAAAUCGGCGAAAUCGAUGAGAAGUUUGUGGAAAAAUUGAAUGCAGAAAUUGAGGAAAAAGCCGAAACUUUGCAGAAUAAUGAGGAUGGUGUAAAUAAUGGUGAAAAUGAAGCUGAUAAUCAUAUCCGAGUAGAAGAUUAAUGAAAUGUCCAUUUUGGACUGAUCCAAUAUUUACUGUUAGGAUUAAUAAAGUAAUACUCAAAUGAAAAAAAUUAAUAUUGUGAAUCUCGUUUCUAAGUAUUUUGCAUCACACGUAAUUUGCCUUGAAUCUUGCCAAUAAUGUCCCUGAAGGCUCGACCAGCAUUUACUAUGAAAGAAAAAUUUGAAUUUAUUUUAUAAAAUUUUUUGAGCCAUACCAAGAAUAAUUUCUACAUGAAGGUGGUGGGUUUCAAAGGGUUUGAUACAGUUUUGUGAUUUUUUUUAUUCUGUAGGAUAUGUUUUUUUUUUCAAAAAUAUUAUAAACAAAUUUAUAUUAUUUAUUAGUGUAAAUAUAAUUUUUAUUAAAAUAUAUAAAUAAAUAAAUAUGAAAUUAUAAAAGGAUUUUUUAUAUUAGUUUUAAGAACAGUCACAGUAUCAGGGUGCAAAUUCGAAAUUCCAGAAAAUGUGUGGGCGAAGAAGAAAACCAAUAUGUUAAAAAAAAAACACCUCAAACCGCUAUUUCAGUUCUCUAGUAGACUUGUAAAGUUCCAGAGUAAAUGUUUUUUGAGUCUUUCUAAGGCUGAAAUAUAUCUUCUAUUUAGUUGUUUUAAUGGAACUUUCUACUAAGUUGUCAAUUUGUUUUCCUCAUGUUGUGGUAUAAGCUCACAAGAUUGUUUCUUGAUUAUUAAAAAAAGUGUCACAUUCUAGAACUUUGACUUUGACCUCCUCAAUAUCCUAAAUUACUUUGUCACAGCCACUCAAAUAUAUAGUUUAUCCACAUCCACGAGCCUUUUUAAUUUAUUCACAAUCACCAAUUCAUUUAUUCUCUGCCGAGUAUCGCUGAAUAGCCUUUUGACAAAGCAGUUUUAUAGCUGUUUGAUUGGUCGAUUCUGCCUCCCUCAUUAUCCUCCUUAAAUCCACCAGCCUCUUGUAUUUCGUGGCCAAAAAAUAAGCAGUUUUCAGCUGUUGAGCUUCAAUGUAAGCGGAAAUCUUUACAGUUUUAUCGGAAAUGUGUUUGAUCAACUCUUCAACGUGGGCCUCCGUGCUGCUUGUAUUUUUCAAUGUGGCCACUGCAAAAAUGAGCAUUUCAUCACAAACUGCGACCACCUCAUCAUUUCCGUUGCUCGAUUGUUUAAUACAAUUCACUAGUUCGGCUAUGUCGCUGAAUCGUUUGGUUUGGGCUAAAUAUUUACCAGUUUCCUUGUAAACUAGGAUUGGCUUAAGCCUGAAUUCUUUAAUGAUCCUUAGGCCGAAUGCGAAACCUUGUUCGAUAGUUUGAGCGCAAAUUAUGCAAAGGGCCGCAAGGUAUUUGCGUUGAUCUGAUGGGCCGAAGAGAGUGGGGAUGCUGAUUUUGUUUUUAGGGAUGUUGUCUGGAAGAAAACAUAUUAUACAUGUAUCGCUAAGGCAUGGUUGAUUGGAGAUUCUUACCCGGAUUUGGAAAUAUUUCCAGAUAUAAUUGCAUAGGCAUUACGCCAUUUUUUUCACAAUCCGCCAGAAACUGGGAAGCCUCGAUUUGCGUUAAAAUUGUGGCUGUGUGCUUGUCGAUUUCUUCACUCGUCAUUUUUUUAAUUAGAGGGCUUUCAACACUAGUGACAUCGAAGGUUUCUUCUGAUUCCAUCGUCCG